AUGAUCAGUGCGCUUUUCAUAUAUGAUAACAAAGGAGAUGUAUUAAUAUCGAAACUAUAUAAAGAAGAUGUCAAGAGGAAUGUAGCUGAUGUUUUUCGAAUACAAGUGAUAAAUCAAGCAUCAAUUGGGAAAUCAAAUAGAGAUCAAAGAACUCCGGUUUUAACUUUGGGUUCAACUUCUUUCAUUUAUAUUAAACUGGGAAAUGUUUGGAUUUGUGCUGUUACUAGGUCGAAUCAAGAUUGUUCAUUAAUAUUAGAAUUUUUAUACAAAUUGGAAGCAUUGCUUUGUAUUGUACUAUGGGAUGAUAAUAAUAAAAAGAAACAUCAACAAGAAAAACUUACGUUAUCAGACAACGCGAUUGUUAAUGGAUUUCCUUUGAUUUACGAUAUAUUGGGGGAAGUUUGUGAUUAUGGAUACCCUAUAAAUCUAGACAUUGAAUAUUUGAAGAAAUAUGUUGUUGGAUUGAAUGAAUCUACGGUUACGAAUAUAUUUAAAAAAGCAAACUUCAAUCCAUUGAGUCAAUUGAAAAAGAGUACACCACCAGUCACUGACACAGAACAUCACAAUGUAACAUGGAGAGCGCCUAAUAUAAAGUAUAGAAGGAAUGAAAUUUAUUUGAAUGUUGAAGAGAAAUUAAACAUUUUGAUGAGUGCACAAGGUGAAAUUUUAAGGAGUACAAUAGAUGGAGCAAUAAAGAUGAAGUCACAUUUAUCAGGAAUGCCACAAUGUAAGUUCGGGUUUAAUCAAAAUACAAUAUUUUUGACAAACUAUGAUAUUCAAGAUGAUGAAAGAAGUUCGGUAGUAGCACUAGAGGAUUCAAAAUUUCAUCAAUGUGUCGAGCUAGAUGCUUUUGAAAAUGAUAGGACUAUACAGUUCAUCCCACCAGAUGGUGAGUUCCAACUAAUGUCUUACAAUUGUUCCAAUAAUACAAAUAUACCCUUUAAAAUAAUUCCACAGGUUCAAGAAAUCAAAAAAAAUAAACUUAUAUAUAAAAUAGCAUUAAAAACAUAUCAACCUCCGAAACUAGCUGCAACAGAUUUCAAAAUCAAAAUUCCAACUCCAAGAAAUGUAAUAUCAACUAAUUUUUUAGCAUCAAAUGGUAAAGUCAAAUAUCAUCCAGAAGAACAUGCAAUGAUUUGGAAAUUCAAUAAAAUUUAUGGUGAACAAGAUAAUAUACUAACGGCAGAAGUUGAGAUACAGUCACAACCGAAUAAUGAUUUUAGCAACUGGAAUCGACCUCCCAUUACUAUAGAUUUUAAUUUAGAUAUGUGGUCAAGUUCUGGAUUAACAGUUAAAUAUUUGAAAGUACAAGAUAAAUCAAAGUAUAAAACUGUCAAAUGGGUUAGGUAUACUACGAAAUCAGGCUCGUAUGAAGUAAGAUAUUGA